AUGUCUCAUGAGAAGUUACUUGAGAUCUUGUGUGUAAACAAGACUCCCUGUAAUGAAUACACCUGUCCUGUGCCAGGUUGCCUGGGGCAUCCUCCGUGAGGGUAUAGAAAUCCCAGCUGCCUGGGAGUGGGGCCUGGUCAUCUUUUGAGUUCCCCGUGGGCCCCUGUCUGUGCCUGCCUGAGCUGGAGAAGACCCAAGACCAGAAGGGAAGUUCUCAGUUUGGGCCUUGGAGGGUUUUAGUUUCUCUUCCUCCUCCUUCUCCUUCUGGGAAUUUUUUUCAGCACAUUCAGAAAGGCCAAAGUCGACAAAAACACUCUGGGUGGCUCUCCCUGGUGACUUCCACCCUGGAGAGAGCCCUAGGAAGCAGCAGCUUGCCCAGGCCCAGGCCUGAAGUUCUUUUUUUGUGCUGUGUUUUGAAGGCAUUUGAUGCUGAGCUGGCCGCUGCAGAAUGAACCACAGCUCUGAGAAGGGGAAGUAGGAACAGCUGGCACCCUGCCAUGGCCUGUGAACCACAGGUGGACCUGGGGGCCGCUGGCCCGUUGCCUCCCUCCUCCCCUGGCUGGAGUGCCCUGCCUGGAGGGAGCCCUCCUGGCUGGGGGCAAGAGCUCCACAAUGGCCAGGUCCUCACUGUUCUCCGGAUCGACAACACCUGUGCACCCAUCGCCUUCGAUCUGGGAGCCGCAGAAGAGCAACUGCAAACCUGGGGCAUCCACCAGGUCCCAGCCGACCAGUACAGAAGCUUGGCAGAGAGUGCCCUCUUGGAGCCCCAAGUGAGAAGAUACAUCAUCUACAACUCAAGGCCUAUGCGGCUGGCCUUUGCUGUGGUUUUCUACGUGGUGGUGUGGGCCAAUAUCUACUCCACCAGCCAAAUGUUUGCCUUGGGGAACCACUGGGCUGGCAUGCUGCUCGUGACGCUGGCCGCAGUGAGCCUGACCUUGACUCUUGUGCUGGUCUUUGAGAGACACCAGAAGAAGCUUUGGUUUGUCUACUUCGACCUGGAGAACUGUGUGCAGUUUUUGUCUGAUCAUGUUCAAGAAAUGAAGACUAGCCAAGAGUCCUUGCUGAGAAGCAGAUUGAGCCAGUUGUGUGUUGUCAUGGAGACUGGGGUGAGCCCUGCAACAGCGGAGGGGCCUGAGAACUUGGAGGAUGCUCCUCUCUUGCCCGACAGUUCUCGUCCUAUGGAGAGGCCACUCAUGCAGACUGAGCUUCACCAGCUCGUUCCCGAGGCUGAGCCAGAGGAAAUGGCCCGCCAGCUGCUGGCAGUGUUUGGUGGCUACUAUAUCCGGCUUCUAGUGACCUCCCAGCUCCCUCAGGCAAUGGGGACACGACACACGAACUCUCCAAGAAUUCCAUGCCCCUGCCAGCUCAUAGAAGCCUACAUCCUGGGCACAGGGUGCUGCCCGUUCCUGGCCAGGUGACCUAGGAAUGAAGGUACUCAUCUUCCUCCAAGACUGAGCAGUCGGGAAAGCUUCAGGAGCCCGAGAUGGGCAAUGGGGAGUCCCAGGUGAGGAGAGAAGUAUCUGGGGGCACUCCAAAAUGGGUCUGACCUGUCAGCAACUGGGGUGUUGUGCUCAUUCCGGGACCCAGCACAGAAAUCCUUUUUUGACAUCUCAUGCUGACCCCUGGCCUUUGCAGAAGCUGACAGCUACAGAGCUAGUCCCACCAAAGCUACUGUCUCUGCUGCUUAGAACUGUGGACAUGUAUGGAAGGACUGGUCCCCCAUCCCUUUCAUUGUCCAGAGAGCCCAGGAGAUGUGAAGAUGACCAGACUGGGUGAAUCAUGUGUCCAAAACUUGGCCUCAGAUAAUGUUUCCAUCUCCAACCCCUCCAUGCCAGAUGGGGAAACUGAUGCUCAGUGAGGAUACUACUCUAUGUGGCAUUGCCUUGAAUCCUUAAAAUGAUCAGACUGCCUCUUUCCAAUAUGAAGAAAAAAAAGUAAGUUUUCAGAAUUCUCUCCAUUUUUUAAGUUUUUCUCUCCCAUAUUUUGUGAAAAACAGUGGAACAGGUACAUGUUGUCUAUCAGUACACAAGCUACAGAAGACAGAGACGGAAGACAGAGGUCAAGGACAGAUAACUCUUGACAGGAGUAUUUGGGAAAGAUUGAUCCUGUUUCACUUGAGAACUUACUUUGUUCACAGGUACGCACGCUUGUGGUUGUGGUUUUAUGUUACAGAUGUAGAAGAACAGUUCUGUUUCCCGACACGAAUGUUGUCCUGGAAUGAAGUGGGAUCAGUCACUUGUGGAAUUCUGUGAAGAGCUCAGAGGCUUCCAAGUGAUCUGCUCCUGAACAAGUCUGAAGACCUAUUGUUUCACAGACCCAAGUCCAAAUGCCCUGACCUGGCAUCUGAAGGAUCCCCAGCCGCUAAGACCUUGCCUUCGUGUGCGAUUUUGCCUCAUCUCCCACAAAACCCCUUUAUGAGUUGAAGCUCUUUCCUAGACUGACAUACCUAUUCCUUUCUAUUUGUUGGACUCCUAGUCGUGCUUCAAAGUCCAGCUUUCUGUAGCCCUUCUUUAGGGAGCCUUCCUACACAGCCAGCCCUGCUGCUGUCUGCCUCCUUUAAAUUCUUGAUACAGCUGCUGCCUGUUCUGAUGUUUUAUGGUAUUGAUUCUGUUUUCCUGUGUACAUGCCAGUUUUUCUAGCUGGACUGUAAACUCCUCAAGGACAGAGGCUACACGUUGUACUUUUUGUUUAUGACCUGGACUUGCUAGGGAAAAAAACAAAACAGUCCUGUGGAUUGAUUGCUUUGACAUCCUCACAGCAGCUAAUGCAAAUUGCUGUCCAAGCUCACUUGAACGAUAAGAUUGCUAUGGACCUGGGCUCUGGACCUGAUCUGCCCACUUCAAGCUGUGUAAUUUUUGGCAAAUUGCUUUUUUUGGCUGGUCCUCAGUUUACCUACCUAUAUAAUGGAUGGAUUGGAUGAUUCUUUUUUUACAUUGAGGCAGAGUCUCACACUGUCACCCAGGCUGGAGUGCAGUGGUGCCAUCUUGGCUCACUGCAACCUCUGCUGCCCGGGUUCAAGUGAUUCUCUUGCCUCAGCCUCCCAAGUGACUGGGACUACAGGUGCAUGCUACCAAGUCUGCUAAUUUUUUUGUAUUUUUAGUAGAGAAGGGGUUUUACCAUGUUGGCCAGGCUGGUCUUGAACUCCUGGCCUCAGGUGAUCUGCCCACCUCAGUCUCCCAAAGUGCUGGAAUUAUAGGCUUGAGCCACUGCGCCCGGCUCUGGAUAAUUCUUAAGGGCCCUUCUAGGACCAAAGUUCUGGGAGUUUCUAGCUUAUUCAGUUCCCUCGUAGCCCUUAGCCCUUAUCCACAUGCAGAAACAUCUGGCAGCCCCACAUGGCUGAGUUGACCUGGGUCUAGUAUGCCCUUGGAUGGAAGACUAGCCUACCUAGCAGGAGACCUGGAUUUUUCUUUCUGAUCUGCUGCUUCCAAGUUGUGUGACCUUGGCUAAGCCACUUCACCUUUCUGACUGUCACUUCACUUUUUAAUAAAGUGUAUCUGGUGAACAAGAAACGUUAUUAAAGCACAUGACUCACCAUUCAAGAGAUGGGUCUGACCAUUCACUUUCUCUGUGCCAGAGAAGAGAGAUCAUGAGUGUGGACCAGCCCCUGGACAGGCAACUUUAGUCAAGGCUGAGAGCAGCUUUGCCCGAGGAAGUUAUUCAUGAAGGUGACCACUGUCUUUCUGACCUGGCACAGAGGAAAUGUUGGCUGUGAAUAUGACCAAUAGAAAACCUGUAUUUCUCAUUCAGUCCUAGAACCCUGGUAAGUAUAAUAACAGAGAAUAAAAAAGUGUUUGUUAAAUGAAAAAGCAGCAGUUUUUUCAAUUUUAAGGUUUACUUAAACAGCCUUUGAUGUGUGUUUCUUUUUCUGUCUUUAGAAUUUCUGAUGGUCUCACCUGGUGGGUGGGGCAUUCAGGGUAUGCCCACAAUGUAUAUUUCCCUUGCAUCAGUGCCUCAGUUUCCUCAUUUAUAAAAUCCCCAUGAUCUCUGUCUCACCUACUUUACAGGGUUGCUGUGAAGAUCAGAUACUACACACAAGAAUGCUCAUCAGUUUUUAAAUUUAAUUUAAUUUUCUUUAAUUUUUUCAUAGAGCUAGGGUCUUGUUAUGUUGCCCAGCCUAGUCUUGAACUCCUGGUCUCAAGUGAUCCUCCCACCUUGGUCUCCUAUGGUGCUGGAAUUACAGUUGUGAAUUACCAUGCCCAGCCAGCUCCUAAGUCUGAAGGCUUUGUGUUAAUGAUACGUGUGGCCAUAGUGGAGGCGGUGGAUGUCUUCGAGUGGGAGUGAAGGUGAUAACUCACUGCAUGGAUUCUAGAGUUCUGUUUAUUCGAAUUCAAGUUCUUCCACUUAAGAACAGUGUUCUUCCUCUCGCCGAGUCUCAUUUCUCAUCUGUAGGAUGAGGAUAAGAGCACUUAACCUGGCAGGUUGUUGUGAGGAUUAAAUGAUGUGAAAAAAUGUCAAGUGCUUGCAACUUUGAAUUCCAAACCUGAGUGAGAGCUCACUAAGUUGUUGCUUAAAAA